UUCUUGGUUAAUGUGAAUGGUGCCAUAAAUCACCGAUUCCAGAUGUAAUAGGCAGGACCCCAAGGCGCCUGGCCGUGCUUCUGGUCCUCUGGAUUUCAGGUUGCAAUUUGGCGUGGAGGAGGCAGAGCUUCAGGCGACUCGACGGCUAGAAUAUAGCAUUCGCUGCACCGACGUCAAUAGAGGGCCAGAGAUCCCCGGCCUGUCCGGCAAACCUUGGACCCAGUAAGACGCCGGCGAGCACACUGGCUGAUUGAAACAGCUCGCAACCAGGUGCAUGUCUCAACAACCAAUUUUACAAUCUAGGGGACGAGGACUACGAACAUGGGCACUCUUAUUCAGAGAGGGUGGCCGAGAGAUGGCGCUAGAUACAUGGGCAUAGAGGAAACCAGCAAAGUCAAGAGAAUUGCGGCAGUUCCAGAUCGAGUCUUUGUCGCUAACUUUCCACGGGCAUGAACUUAUUGUUGAUUCUGAAUUGGAACUCAACUACGGGAGACACUAUGGAUUACUGGGAUUGAAUGGAUGUAGUAAAUCCACUCUUCUCACUUCAACAGGACGCCGUGAACUUGCAAUCCCAGAUCAUAUGGAUAGUUUUCACCUUAGCCAUGAGAUUGAAGCAUCUGACAUUGACAUCACUUCAGUAAGUUGUUGUGAUGAGUAAAGGUUAAAAUUGGAGAAAAAAGUUGAAGCCUUGGGGUAUGGACCUCUCUUUCCACAUUUUUAAAUAUAAUCUGAUCUACGAAGUGUGAAAAAAAGUAAAUGAUCAUGGUAAGCAUGGACAUCCCUUAUUUGUUCCUUUCCCAUUGAUACGUUGUAAACAACUCUAAACUUUUAGCUUGGUUCAAUGGAUUGAGAUGUAAGUAUGGAUGUCACAUCUUAUUGAGAUUAUAUUCAAUUUGUAAACUAUCAUUUUUCUGUCAUUUCUGAAUCAUCUCUUUGCACUAUAUUUAUAUAGUUAGUUCCAUAGUUAACCAUUCUAAAACUGAGGAUCUUUUCACAAAGAAUAUAGGGAAGUAUUAUUUUAUUUGUCAACAAAUUGUACAAAACAUUGCGGCACAAGAGCAACAACUGAUUCAUAAACUGAGCAAUAAAAAACACUUAAAGACCAAAUGCGGGGCCUGUUUGAAUCAAGGGUUUUGGAGGAGUUGAGGUUAUAUUGUUAUAAUGUCCGGAACCUGUUGAAAGUGAGGUUUGGGCUAUAAUGUCUGAGUCAGAAACUUUGAGAACGUCUUUAAGAAACUCUAUGUACAUGCUUUUCUUAUAAUGUAAAAUGAGUCUUCUGAUCGUUUGCUCUCAUGUACAUGCCGUUAGAAAUUUCAUUAUUGAAAUGUGUAUGUAAGAGAGAUUGUUGAUCUGAGCAGAAGUUACUAAUUAGAAAUGCUUUGGAAUGAUAUCUUUCCAGUCCAGUAGGGUUCUGAAAUGCAUUAAUGUUGAACAAUAAUCACUAAAAAUGCGUAGGCUCUCCCUUGAUAACCGACUUUCCUUUUUAAUGUCAAUCUGUGAGGUAGUGGAUGACCAUAUAUAUAAGGUACCAAAAGGAACAAAAGAUUGGUUAUAAUGAUCUUGCUCAUUUUGGAGAACUACUAAUGUCUGAUAUCCUUCAUUGAUUGCAGGUGAUAAGUUGUUCACACAAUGACAGUGCUUCAAGGUUUUGAUUGUGGUGGUGAUUAUAGAAGGCUAAGUAAUGUGGUGAAUGAUGAAGUUCAGAAGGAAAAAUAUUGCAGGCUACAAGCUUUCAAGACAGAGCUGACUUAUAUAGUUGUAGACUUGUAGUAUACUCCUAACACGGAACUCACUUAAUAGCAGUCAAUUGUAGAUGAUAACUGCUGGUUGCAGCUUGUGAAGGCUGCAUUUAAGAAUGUUGAUCAUUUUUUUGUUGACGCCUUGCAAUGAAAACUGGGAGUUAUAUAGUUCUUUGUCUUUUAUGAUGAACUUAUGCUCUGACGGAUGUUAUCAGCCAAGUAAAAAACACUGUGUUGAAAACAGUUUAGAAACCUCUACCAGGAGGUUAGAAGUCCAUUGAGCAAAAUUCAUCUGCAGUGCUGUAAAUUUCACAAUGGAAAAGCAUCAGCAUCAUUAUCCUCCAAAGCAGGCAUCUCAUCGUCAGCAGCCACAGCAUCAUAAUCGUCAAUGCUCAACCCAAGCUUCAACAUCCUGUUAAUCCUGUUCCCAAAGGUGCUGGGCUCAUCCAGAGUGAAACCGGAAGUCAACAGAGCAGUCUCAAACAGCAGCAGUACCAGAUCCUUCACAGACUUGUCGUUCUCGUCAGCAUAAGCUCUUUUCCUCAGCUCUUCCAUGAUGGGGUUUUCAGGGUUGAUCUCCAUUGUCUUCUUGCUUGACAUGUACCCAGCCAUACUCGCAUCACUUGGAGCUCGUGCCUUCAAUAUCAUCUCCGUGUUUGCAGUCCAAUCGUACUCUCCAGUGACCAAACAGCAGGGAGAGUCCACCAAACAGCAGGGAGAGUCCACAACACGGUCAGAGACAACAACCUUUUCAACCUUGUCCCCGAGGAUAUCCUUAAUCACCUUGCACAAACCCUCAAACUUAGCCUUCAGCUCUUCGCUCUUCUUCUUCUUCUUCUCAUCCUCACUCUCUUCAAGCUUCAGACCUUCUUCUGUUGCAGAAACAAGCUUCUUCCCUUCAAACUCCUUCAACUGACCAACAGAGUACUCAUCAAUCGCAUCAACCAUGAAGAGAACCUCAUAUCCUUUCUUCUUGAGCUUUUCAAGGAAUGGAGAGUUCUCAACAGCCUUCUUGCUCUCACCUGUGAUGUAGUAAAUGUCAUUCUGUCCUUCCUUCAUCCUGGUCACGUAAUCCUUCAGGCUGGUCAACUCAUCACCGCUUUUAGUUGAGUGGUAACGAAGUAGCUCUGCAAGCUUAGUCCUGUUCUGCGAAUCAUCAAGAAUGCCAAGCUUUAGGUUCUUUGAGAAAGCCUCAGAGAAUUUACUGAAGUCUUUCUUGUUUUCAGCUAUCUCAAAGAAGAGCUCCACACACUUCUUCACCAAGUUCUUGCGAAUGAACUUCAAGAUCUUGUUUUGCUUUAAAGUCUCAUCAAGAUCCUCAGAGUCGACAAUUCCCUUCACAAAACGCAAGUACUCUGGGAUCAACUCCUCACAGUUGUCCAUGAUGAAUACACAACGGUUAUUAGGAGCCCUUCUCUUCGGAGCAAAGAGGACAGCCUUGAACUCCAACUGGCCCUCAACUGAAAAGUGCUUCACAGCCAAAUGCUCCUCCCAGUCGUUGGUGAGACUCUUGUAGAAUGCGGCAUAUUCUUCUUUUGUGAUCUCCUCUGGUUUCCUCAUCCAGAUUGGCUUUUGCUUGUUCACCAAAAACCAUUCAUGUGAAACCUCCUUGAUCUUCUUCUUUUGCUUUUCAUCCUUCUCCUCAUCAACCUCUUCAACCAAAUUCCAUAUCCACUCCAGAAAUUUUUUCUCUACUUCAUCCUCAUCGUCAGAAAUUUUCUUCUCAACCGUCGUCUCAAUCCAGAGGGAGAUGGGGUAGCUUAUGAACCCAGAGUGCUUCUUGAUCAAAUCCUUCAGCCGACGCUCUUUCAGGUACUCAAGCUGGUCCUCCUUCAGAUAGAGAGUAAUUUUGGUACCCCUGCCAAGGGGCUCGCCUGAAUCUCUGGUGACAGUGAACGAACCGCCUGCUUGGGAUUCCCAGAUAUACUGCUCGUCAUCAUUGUGCUUUGUGGUAACAAUGACCUUCUCAGCAACACGAUAAGCAGAGUAAAAUCCCACACCAAAUUGUCCAAUCAUACUAACAUCAGCACCAGCUGCUAGAGCUUCCAUAAACUCUUUUGUGCCAGACCUUGCGAUUGUCCCCAGGUUGUUAACCAAGUCAGCCUUGGUCAUGCCAAUACCACUAUCAAUGAUAGUCAAGGAGUUAUUGGUCUUGUCAGGGAUGAUGCGGAUGAAAAGCUCUGGUUGAGCAUCUAGCUUACUCAUGUCAGACAGGCUUUCAAAUCUGAUCUUGUCUAACGCAUCAGAAGAAUUGGAGAUGAGUUCGCGGAGAAAAAUCUCCGUGUUGCUGUAGAAAGUGUUGAUGAUCAGACUCAGAAGCCGAUCGAUCUCAGCCUGGAAAGCAAACGUCUCUGCAUCCGCCAUUUCCGAUAUCGCAAAGCAAAAACUUCGAUGGAAACGUGAAGGUGCUAGAACCAGAGAGAUAUGCUGUAUGAGUGUGAGAUGAACAAAUGAGAUUGUUGCAGUGAAGAAAAUGAAGAGAAAAUUUUACCACUGGUAUGAGUGCAUAAAUCUGCAAGAAGUGAAGGAAAACAAUUUGUACCAAACAAUGAGAGAACGAAAAAGGUAUGUUUUAGAAGAGGACAUCAGGGGGCUGUUGUCUCAGUUGGUGCAGGGACUUGCUCAUAUACACAGAAACAGAUAUUUUCAUAGGGACUUAAAGCCCGAGAAUUUACUUGUAAUGAAUGACACAAUGAAAAUUGCUGACUUUGGACUCGCAAGAGAAGUUUCUUCAGUGCCUCCUUUCACAGAUUAUGUUUCCACACGCUGGUACCGUGCCCCAGAAGUCUUGUUACAAUCCUGCUCAUAUACACCUGCCAUAGAUAUGUGGGCUGUUGGCGCAAUACUUGCUGAGCUUUUCACUUUGUGCCCUAUUUUUCCUGGUGAAAGUGAAAUUGAUCAGUUACAUAAGAUAUGCUGUGUACUUGGAACUCCAGAUUGGACUGCCUUUCCUGAAGCGAGAAACAUCUUUCGUCUGGUCGACAUCAGUUACCUACGCAUUCUGCCGGUAAAUCUAUCUGAUGUCAUUCCCAAUGCAAGCAUGGAAGCUAUUGAUUUGAUCCAGGCUGGAAUAUGGAUUCCACGCUCAUUGGGUGAUCCAUUGCAGAUGAAGUUAAGUAAUGACGGAUCAGAACCAAAUCUUGAGUUGAACCUUUGGGAUUUUGGUAUGGAAAGAGAUGCCUGUUUUCUUGGGUUGACAUUGGCAGUCAACCCAACUUCUUCUAGAAAGGAAAGAGAAACUAAAGAUCAAGCUUCAGUAAAGGACAUGCUGUUAUGCUCAGGUUUCCAGGAUUGUUCACAGCAAUCAGUAGUCUGGUCACUGCUUCCUUCUGAUCAGCAUGGAAUCUUAGCUCCAGUGAAACCUUCCUUGUCGUUAUCAUUCAGUUCAGUUCAACAGGGAAAGAUUGGUCUUCCAUACACUACAUAGAUUGGCAUCUAUGUUGAUUAGCAGUUUCUAACUGGCCAUGUUCCCCCUACAGGACACACAUUCUCUUUAAGAGCAACCCCGUCAUACACGUUGGAGACUUGGAGGAUAAGAUUCUCUUAGGUUGAAUAGUUAUGGCUAAAAUACCUGAACAAUUUUUUCCUCUAAAAGGAGAUCUUCUUUCAUGUAUUUUAGUUAUAACUAUUCGACCCCUUCUAAUAAAAGUUAUUUGGUUGAAAUAGGCUUAAUCUUUGUGUUAGUGGGCAUUUCUAGGGUCUAACACCAGUCCACUUCCACUGAUCGCAACUUUGUACAAAAGACUGUUUUGAUAUGUAUUUGGUCCAUGGCUACAUAUAACCAUUAUUUAUUGUCUCAUAUUAUUCAAGGGAAUCAUUUGUAGCCUUUUAGGCAACUCCAUGGUACAUUAUCUAUGUAAAUCCCAAUGAUGAGAAUAACCCCACCUAUUUAGAAUCUAUUAAUAUAAAUCCCAAUGAUGAGUAAUUCCGAUGCAAGGGUGUUU